AUGAAGCUAAUAGCUACCCAAGUAACGGGAACAUUGACCAGUGACCUCACAUCAGUUGCACGUGUUUUGCUAAACAAGACUGAUAUUCAAGCACGAGCGGCUGCUACGGUCCUUGAAGUAUUGCCAUGCACCUCCCUUGACAAUGAUUCAUAUCGGCUUCUGCAAACUGUACUCAUUGAUAGGUUGAAAGAGUUAGACAGUUCAGCCAUCUGGUACUGGGCCUUAAGGAGUCGAACAACCCCACCCCUGCUACCGGUACAAGGUAACAUCAUACAGAUGCAAGAGCCUACCGAACAGCAUGAACAGGCGAUGCAGUGGCCAUCACGCACACGUGGAUUGGAUCCAUCGGUUGCCGAAGUGGCAUCAAACAAAACUGACUAA